GAGCUGCUGGCCUUCGCGCGGUUCCGGGACUCGAGCCCGCAGCCGCUCGCCUACGGCUAUGGGCCGCGCAGCCUGCGGGACAUGCGCGAGCGCGAAUUCGGCCGCCUGGCAGGUAGUACAUUUACACAGCACUCAGAAGGUGCCAAAGGAGGGUAAAGAAUGCCCAGGGAGUCCCGCUCACUCCAGGUGCGGCCAUGGUGACGGCCCCAGGGUCAGCUCCUGCUACUCGUGUCUGGUGUGCCUUUUGACUUGUGGUCUAUAUUUUUGAACCGUCUACCUUGACCAUGCAGGAGCCACAUUGUUCCCCCAGAGUCAGCUCACAAGCUUCACUAAUGAUCUCAUGGAAAAUGUUUAUGGUAACCCUCACAGCCAGAACAUCAGCAGCAAGCUCACCCAUGACACCGUGGAGCACGUGCGCUACAGGAUUUUGGAGCACUUCCACACCUCCACAGAGGACUACAGCGUGAUUUUCACGGCAGGGAGCACGGCUGCUCUUAAACUGGUGGCAGAGGCCUUCCCGUGGGUGUCCCCGGGCCCGGAGAGCAACGGGAGUCGGUUCUGUUACCUCACCGACAGCCACACAUCCGUGGUGGGCAUGAGGAAGGUCACCACGGCCAUGAACGUCACUUCCAUCCCAGUCAGGCCAGAGGACGUGUGCGUGGUGGAGACACGGGGCACUGCUGCCAGUGACCCUGACUGCCAGCUCCCGCACCUCUUUUGUUACCCUGCUCAGAGUAACUUUUCCGGAACCAGAUACCCCCUGUCCUGGAUAGGAGAGGUCAAGGCCGGGCGGAUGUGCCCCGUGAGCGUGCCUGGGAAGUGGUUCGUGUUGCUUGACGCGGCCUCCUACGUGAGCACCUCGCCUUUGGACCUGUCGGUUCACCAGGCCGACUUUGUCCCCCUCUCCUUCUAUAAGAUCUUUGGAUUCCCCACUGGCCUGGGCGCUCUGCUGGUGAAUAAUCGUGUGGCUCCUCUGCUGAGGAAAACCUACUUUGGAGGAGGCACGGCCGCUGCGUACCUUGCAGGAGAAGACUUCUAUAUCCCAAGACAGUCGGUGGCUGAAAGGUUUGAAGAUGGCACCAUCUCGUUCCUUGACGUGAUAGCACUAAAACACGGGUUUGAUGCCCUAGAGCGCCUCACAGGUGGAAUGGAGAAUAUAAAGCAGCACACCUUUACCUUGGCUCAGUACACCUACACUGCCCUGUGUGCUCUCCGGUACCCCAAUGGAGCCCCUGUGGUGCGGAUUUACAGCGACUCUGAAUUCAGCAGCCCAGAGGUGCAGGGUCCUGUCAUCAAUUUUAAUGUUCUCGACCACAGUGGGAACAUUAUUGGUUAUUCCCAGGUGGAUAAGAUGGCCAGUCUUUACAACAUCCAUGUGCGAACUGGCUGCUUCUGUAACACUGGGGCCUGCCAGAGGCACCUGGGGAUAAGCGACGAGAUGGUCAGGAAGCAUCUUGAGGCUGGUCACAUCUGUGGAGACAAUGUGGACCUCAUAGAUGGGCAUCCUACAGGAUCUGUGAGGAUUUCUUUUGGAUAUAUGUCUACACUUGAGGAUGCUCAGGCCUUUCUCAGGUUCAUCAUAGCAAUGCAACUGCACCAGUGUGAUGGCCAGCCUCUUCCUCAGACCACCCCUGGGGAGGUGGGAGCCCCAUCAGAGAGCGAGGCUCAGGACGCCGUGCCUGCCACCGUGGACAGAUGUAGCUCCUCACCUCGGGAAGAUGCUCCCACAGACUCUGGGGUUUCCAACGACUUGUCUACCAUUGUGGCUGCAGUGGGUUUGCGCCCACCUCUGCCGAUGGCCACCAGAACCCAGCAGACCCCUUCAGAGAAAGCAGCAGGAGUCCUGGAUGGGGGCCUUGGGCCACAUGUCAUCACCAACAUUUACCUCUACCCAAUUAAAUCCUGUGCUGCAUUUGAGGUGACCAAGUGGCCUAUAGGAAACCAAGGGCUGUUGUAUGACCGGAGCUGGAUGGUUGUGAAUCACAAUGGCGUUUGCCUGAGUCAGAAGCAGGAACCCCGGCUCUGCCUGAUCCAGCCCUUCAUUGACCUGCAGCAAAAGAUCAUGGUCAUCAAAGCCAAAGGGAUGGAGCCUAUAGCGGUGCCUCUUGAGGAAAAUGGUGAACGGACUCAGAUUUGCCAAAGCAAGGUCUGUGCGGACAGGGUAAAUACUUAUAAUUGUGGAGAAAAAAUUUCAAGCUGGUUGUCAAGAUUUUUUGGCCAUCCAUGUCAGUUGCUCAAACAAAGUUCAAACUUUCAAAGAAGUGCAAAGAAGCGGGUCAAAGAUCAAUCUGCUGGUUCAACAGCCACCCUUUCUCUGGUGAAUGAAGCACAAUAUUUGCUGAUAAAUAGACCCAGUGUUUUGGAGCUUCAGCAGCAAUUAAAUGCCAGUGAUGCGAAUGGAAAGGAGGAAUUAUUCCCGAUGAAAGAACUCAUCUCACGUUUCCGUGCCAAUAUUAUUACCAGUGGAACAAGCCCUUUUGAAGAAGAGACGUGGGAUGAGAUUUCAGUCGGUUCCUUGCAUUUCCAGGUUUUAGGUCCUUGUCACAGAUGCCAGAUGAUUUGCAUCAACCAGCAAACUGGGCGGCGAAACCAAAAUGUUUUCCAAAAGCUUUCUGAGAGUCGUGCGAGAAAAGUGAACUUUGGAGUGUACCUGAUGCAUACAUCUUUGGAUUUUUCUUCCCCAGCUUUCCUGUCUGUAGGGUCUCAGGUGCUCCCUGUGUUGAAAGAAAACACAGAACACCAUGAGCUACCUGCUUCCACGAAACAUCAGGAUGUUAUCUCCUAAAAAGUAUUUUCAGUGUAAAUUAAAAUUUCUCUUUUACACCUA